AUGAAUGAACUGACUACACCACCGGAUCCUGCCCCUUCUGCGGACCCCAGACCCGACCAACCGAAGCUCUCCCUAAGUCACGAAAGUCACCAAGACCAAAAGCAGAAUUCAUACAAUCUUCCUCAACCAAAACUACGCAUCCAUGUCGAAGAGCUCCGUCACUCGGCAUCUAGUGCAUUCUUCUUACUGAUUCCAAAUGUAACUGAAGUAUUUGACAACGCACUGGGGAAUAUCUUACGAUACCUCUAUACAAGUCCGAACCUACACAGCUCAGAACUCCCAAGAAAGCCAUUCUUCGAUCCCUCGGUUCCUCCAACCAGAUCCGUCACCCUUUUGCUCCGCGAUAUCGCCGGUGUGGCAUAUACUACUGGAACCGAGCUAGAUGACGACCAUAAAGAGAUUCAUUUGUCACUGCAGUAUGUUGAACACUGUGUAUCAAAGGGUCAGGCCGCCAAAGCCGAUCCUCUUCAUGAGCUGGUUGGCGUUAUCACACAUGAGCUCGUGCAUUGUUAUCAGCACACUACACCGCCACAAGCUGUCGAGCAAGACAAGAAGAUUCCCCGUCCGCCAGGUGGCUUGAUUGAAGGUAUUGCGGAUUUCGUGAGGCUAAAGGCGGGUCUGGGACCCCCGCACUGGAAGAGACCGAAGUCUGCUUCGGAGCGCGCAAAGAAAUGGGAUGCUGGGUAUCAAAAUACAGCAUUCUUCUUGGCGUGGAUUGAGGAUGUUUGGGCGAGUGAAGGUGCUAUUGGGAUGUUGAAUGAUCGUUUAUUGAGGACUGGAUAUGUGGGCGAGGACACUGCAAAGGGAGAAGGGGAGUCCGGAUUCUGGGCAAGUCUCUUUGGGGUUGGAGUUGCACAUCUAUGGGAUGAAUAUGGGAAAUGGCUCGACCAGCAUGGUGAACAUGAUGAGAAGGUUUAA